UACAACUAUUACAUGUUGGUGACCAGGUGACAUACACGAGCCAGUAGCCAUGAAUAGAAUAGUUUCGUGGGGGGCCGACCGGGGGGCUGGACAAAAUUUCGAGGGGUGUUCAAAUUCGUAAUUGUACGGCCAGGCUACGUGCCUGAUCGGUCACAAAACAUACUUUUUUUGGGGGGGGCAAACCCGCAAUUUUAGUAACCACUAGAAACCUUUACGUUUCAAGUGGAUAUUUAGAAUGAGUGGGGAAACGGAAAUAUUAAUUACACAAAAUGUAUCAGUUUUCUACCUGAUGUAUAGGUUUUGUCUGUUUUGUAGAAAUCCCAGAAUGUCAGUGACCAUUCAUGCCACCCUGUUGAGUUUGUGACGUUAUCCUUAUUCGAAAACAGCUAGUGCAUAUCAUAUGAAACACAUCGAGGGACUUCGAUCCUUUUUAUCUCUGUUCAAAUGAAUCACACCAGUCUAAAGUCCUGUAGGAGACAACAGCAGGGUCCCACUAUCGCUGGUAACUCACAUCUCCACAUAUACGUCUAAGGUCGAGACAUAAACAAGAGGAAUAGUACGUAACAGAAAGAAGUGUAACAUUGUUCGGAGCCGGGAAUGGAGGCUACAUCAUCACUGAUAAAGUCAGUCUCUAGGAGGGUGUGGUCAGUGCCUCAGAGGCCCUUCAGAGUCUGCUCCCACAACAGGGAGCUGAGGAAGGGCGUGACAGGAGGAACCAUGCAGGAGCUGAGGGAAAGGGCCGCCCACGCUCUGUUCCUCUCUGCCGUUUCCCUGAGCCUUGUGUGCGAGGAGGAUGGGACAGAGGUCGACUCAGAUGAAUUCCUCCUGACCCUCCCGGACAACACUGUACUGAUGGCUCUGGAGCCCGGACAGACAUGGAGCCCAGAACCUGGCUCUAAGCAGAGCAGAGUUACAUUCUCUACUACAAACAUAAAACCCAGAACCGGACGUGACAUAGCCCGAGUGACUUUUGACCUCUACCGCCUCAACCCGCGUGACGUGUUCGGCUCGCUGAGCGUGAAAGCCACGUUCCAGGGCCUAUACUCUGUCAGCGCUGACUUCAGGUGCCUGGGCCCCAAGAAGGUGCUGAGGUCAGUUGGUGAUAGAGAGGCUCUUCGCGUGGCGUCCGCGAUGCUUCAGGCGGUGGGACACAUGCUUAUCACAUCUGCCUCCAUCAUGCGCCGCAUCAUCGAAGGCUCCGACAGCUGGCAUUCAACUUAUGACAGGGGUGACUCCGCCCAGAUCACCGAAUACUGGGAAUGACCCUAAACCCAUAACCUGUAUGGGGUAGAGGGUGACCCCUAAUCCUUAAUCCUCAUUCUUCCAACCCACUUCCUGAUCCAAAGGAACGUUAAACAUAGAGUGAUGUAGGGUGGUAAAGUUGUAAUGUAUUAAUAAAUGUAAGAUAAAACACAUGUAAAUAAAAUAUUACUUAGCAAA